AUGAAAUUAAAUUAUGGAAUUAUCUUAUGGGGAAUUGCUCAAACUUCAGAAUUCAGAGGAAAUAAUACAACUAAUUUAGGUAUUUGGAAUAAAAAAAAACUUUUUGGCUUUGAAUAUGUCUUUUCAUACGGGAAUAAUGUGAUGGAAAAGAUUGUAAAGAUUUUUAAGGUUAGUCGAGUUGUGAACAGAAAGAGAGCAAUGUAUGAAUCGAAUCAUAAAAAUAUGCCAUUAAAUUUUGGUAAUAGUGAUUUGGUUAUCAAUCUUUAUCGUGAUAUCAAUGCAUUAGCAAACGAUCCUUUCGAAAUUUUGAGUGAUGAUAUAAAAGGUACGUGCAAAGAGCCCAUUAUGAAAAUGAAAUAUUGGAUACAAAAUAAAAUUGACUAUUGA